AUGGCUGGUUACUUGUUGUUUAUGGCCGCUGCGGCCUCGGCUGCUGUUGUUGCGAAAAGAGACUAUCCGGGCGAUGACCCUCUUGCGUCCUGUCCUGGUUAUACCGCGUCGAAUGUCAUUAAGACGGCUUCGGGUUUGACCGCUGAUUUAACGUUGGCUGGUGAGGCUUGCAAUGUUUACGGUACCGACCUUAAGGACUUGACUUUGGAGGUUUCAUACGACACAGAGACGCGACUUCAUGUCAAGAUUCAAGAUGCUGCCAAUGACGUCUACCAGGUUCCUGAAUCUGUCUUCCCUCGACCACCGGGCCAAGGCUCCGACGAAGCACAAUCUGCGUUGAAGUUUGAUUAUAAAGAAAGCCCAUUCUCUUUCACCGUGUCUCGUUCGGGUUCGGGAGAGGUUCUAUUCGACACGUCGGCCGCCAGCUUGGUGUUUGAAUCGCAGUACUUGCGCCUGAGAACGAAGCUACCCGAAAAUCCGAGUCUAUAUGGACUUGGCGAGCAUUCGGACCCCUUCAUGCUCAAUGCGACUGACUAUAUCCGCACAUUCUGGUCGCAGGAUGCAUACAGCGUUCCUGAAGGAUCGAACUUGUAUGGAAACCACCCCGUGUACUAUGAGCACAGAGAAACAGGCACACAUGGCGUGUUCUUCCUGAAUUCAAAUGGUAUGGACAUCAUGAUCAACAAUACAGCCGAGUCCGGGCAAUACCUCGAAUACAACACCCUUGGUGGGGUGCUUGAUUUCUAUUUCGUCUCUGGUCCGAGUCCCGUAGAAGUAACGCAGCAAUACUCUGAGAUUGUGGGUCUGCCCGCGAUGAUGCCGUACUGGGGUUUCGGCUUCCACAACUGCCGAUACGGAUAUCAGGAUGUUUUCGAUGUCGCUGAGGCUGUCUACAACUAUAGUCAAGCUGGAAUCCCGUUGGAAACAAUGUGGACCGACAUCGAUUACAUGUAUCGCCGAAGAGUAUUUUCGCUAGACCCCGAUAGAUUCCCGUUACACAAAAUGCGCGAGUUGGUCGACUAUCUACAUGCUCACAACCAGCAUUAUGUUGUUAUGGUGGAUCCAGCAGUGGCUUACCAAGACUUCCCCACCGCUUUCCAACGAGGUGUUGACGAUAACAUUUUCUUGCUUCGUCAGAACGGCUCAGUCUGGAAGGGUGUUGUUUGGCCUGGUGUAACCGCAUUCCCCGAUUGGUUCUCGGCAAAUGUUAGCGAUUAUUGGAACAAUGAGUUCUCUAUCUUCUUCUCGCCCGAUAAUGGAGUUGACAUCGACGCUCUCUGGAUUGACAUGAACGAGCCGUCCAACUUCCCAUGCUACUUCCCCUGUAGCGAUCCGGACGCCUCUGCUGUGGGUUAUCCGCCAGAACCGCCGCCAGUGAGAUCUCCUCCCCGACCUCUGCCCGGUUUCUCCUGCGACUUCCAACCAGAAGGUACCAAUUGUGCCAAGACUCAAGUGAGAUUUUUGGAGAUCCGCGACAGCACACCCCGAGCCUACUUUGACAAUCUUGUUAUUUCACCACGACAAACAGAGGGCGAACAGAAGGGACUUCCCGACAGGGAUCUCCUGUUCCCCAAAUACGCGAUCCACAAUAAAGCUGCGAAUGCGGACAGCUGGAAUGCGGCAGAGGGUGGAAUCUCUAACAAGACCGUGAAUACCGAUGUGAUUCACCAGAACGGCCUAGCCAUGUACGACACGCACAAUUUGUAUGGUUCAAUGAUGUCUCUUGCCUCCCACGAGGCUAUGCUUCAAAGACGCCCCACCGUUAGACCUAUGAUUAUUACUCGUUCAACCUUCGCCGGAGCCGGUACUAAGGUGGGCCAUUGGCUUGGCGACAACCUUUCGUCAUGGCACCACUACAGACUUGCCAUCCGAAGCAUGAUGGCUUUCGCUUCCGUCUAUCAGGUACCAAUGGUCGGUGCCGAUACGUGUGGGUUCGGUGAUAACACGACGGAGCAGCUAUGUGCACGGUGGGCAGCUCUCGGUGCCUUCUCCCCUUUCUACCGUGUACACAACAGUCUUGACUCGAUUUCACAAGAACUUUACCGCUGGGAAACCACUACUCAAGUGGCGCAAAGAUUCAUCGGCAUCCGCUAUCAACUUCUUGACUAUCUCUACACGUCCCUGCACACCCAAACACUUGACGGUACACCAAUGGUCAACCCGCUAUUUUAUCUUUACCCGCAGGAUAAGAACACUUACUCCCUGGACUUACAGUACUUCCUUGGCCCAUCGCUACUUGUAGCACCCGUCACUGAGGAAAAUAGCACAAGUGUUGAUGUGUACCUACCCGACGACAAUUUCUAUGAUUGGUAUACGCACGAGCAAGUUGUCGGAGAAGGAAAGAGUAUUACAGUCGAGAACCAGGAAUGGACUGACCUACCACUGUACCUGCGAGGUGGAGUGAUCGUCCCGCUACGCGCCGAAUCCGCGAUGACCACCACCGAGCUACGAACGAAGCCAUUCGAGAUCAUAGUACCGGUAGGCAAGGACGGCAAGGCAAGUGGUCAACUAUACCUGGAUGAUGGUGUUAGCAUCGAGCAAGCCGCGACAAGCGAUAUCAAGUUCGAUUAUGCCGACGGCGUGCUUUCAAUCAAUGGUACCUUCGGCUACAAGACGGACGAGCUUCGCAUCACGAAAGUCACGUUCUUAGGUGUCGGCGGCAAGUCCAAAUGCAAGCGCGCUGCCAAGAGCGUCAUUAGCGUGGAUGUUGAUAGACCUCUUACCGAGGCCUUUACCGUCGAGGCUAAGGCCUAG